GGAAUUCUGUUGAUGACGAGCUUCUCCGUCCGUGGCUAGUAGGAGCUCCUUCACUUGGCCCCGGAGCCUUUGUGUGACCCCGUCAAUAGGACCUGAUAGCUUUCUUGCUGGCAGUGUGACAGGGUUCAGAGUGAUACACGGGGCUGAUUGUUUGUGUGUCUGUCAUUUUCAGGUCUUAUCAGAAAAUACAGUGGACCUUCCCGUGGUUGAUAUGAAUUGUGGACUACAGAUCUAUUGUGGAGAAAUAAACUGGGCAGAAAUAAUAUUGUCACCAGUAUAUGAAGACUAGGAAGAGGCUCUUCACUGUUGUCAUGAAUCUGUGAAAUUAUGUGAAUAGAGACUUUUUCAGAACAAUGGGGGAAAGAGCAAGAAGUACAGAUAGUGAUCAAGAAAGUAAGACCGGCAGACACCACUCCUGUUACUAUUCAUCCGAUUUGGGAACCACACCACAGUCUUCUGGCCAGUCCUCGCCCGCCCCGCCGUCACCUGUAAAUAUUAGGGAGCAAAAUCCUAAAAGACAAGUGUCAGAUAACCAGGGGCAUCACCAAGCCCCUAGGAAACCAAGCCCUAAGGGUGCACCAAACAAAAAGGGAGCCCGAGUGGGAUUUCGUUCCCAAAGCCUCAACAGAGAGCCACUCUGGAAAGAUCCUGAUCUUGUGACAAAACGGGUUCUUUCUGCAAGAUUGCUAAAAAUCAAUGCAUUACAGAAUGAAGUGUCUGAACUCCAGGUCAAGUUAGCUGACCUGUGGAAAGAAAAUAAGGCUUUGAAAAGGAUUCAGUACAGACAGGAGAAAGUCCUGAAUAAAUUUGAAGAUGCAGAAAAUGAAAUCUCACAACUUAUAGCUCGUCAUAACAAUGAGAUUACAGCCCUCAAAGAACGCUUAAGAAAAUCUCAAGAGAAAGAACGGGCAACUGAGAAAAGGGUGAAAGAUACAGAAAGUGAACUAUUUAGGACAAAAUUUUCCUUACAGAAACUGAAAAAGAUCUCUGAAGCCAGACACCUACCUGAAAGAGAUGAUUUGGCAAAGAAACUAGUUUCAGCAGAGUUGAAGUUAGAUGACACCGAAAGAAAAAUCAAGGAACUAUCGAAAAAUCUUGAGCUGAGUACUAACAGUUUCCAACGGCAGUUGCUUGCUGAAAGGAAAAGGGCAUUUGAGGCUCAUGAUGAAAAUAAAGUUCUUCAAAAGGAGCUACAACAACUGUAUCACAAAUUAAAGGAAAAAGAGAGAGAACUGGAUAUAAAAAACAUAUAUUCUAACCGUAUGCCAAAGUCCUCUCCAAAGAAAGAAGAAAAAAAUUCAUCAAGAAAAAAUGCUGCAUGCCAGAGUGAUUUUACAGACCUGCAUACCAAAGGAGUACAAACCACUGAAGAGUCUGAACUAGAAGAAUUCCCUGUAACACCAGAAACAACUAUGUGUUAUGAAAACAAAUGGGAUGAACCGGAACAUCUUACCCUGGACCUGGAAUCCCAAGAGCAAGAUGAACACAAAGCAGCACAGAUUCUAAACCCAAUUGUGGAAAAAGAAGAAAAACACUUUAAAGAUCAAGGCCUGCAUAUUGUAAAACAGGGGGUUGAGAAGCUGGAGGAUGAAUGGGAAAGAGAAGAACUUGAUAAAAAGCAAAAAGAAAAGACAUCUUUACUUGAGAAAGAAGAAAGUCCAGAAUUGGAAACUGGAAGGUACCAAAUGGGAAUGUAUCACAUUCAACAUAUUGAUAAAUUAAGAGAAGAGGAAGAAGAACAACUCAAGACUGAAAUGCUGCUUGCUAAACUGAGUGAGAUUGACAGAGAGUUCCAAGAUCCCUGUAAUCUAAAAUGCCCUCCUUUACCAUUAAUACCUGAUUUGGAAUCAAAACUGCACUCAGAGAAAAACCCAAAAACGUACGCGUUCUCUGAAGCCUCAGAGAAAUUCUCUAAUGGGCAUCAUUUGCAAGACAUCAGUUUUUUACCUCCGAAGGGAGAGGGCCAGAAUGCAGCAAGUUUCAGAAGUCCAGCCUCUCCAAAUGAGUUUUCAUCUGGUAGCUAUGUGCCUUCAUUUGCAAAAACAUCAGGGAAGUCAAAUCCAUUUAGGCAAAAAAGUGACCUUUGUGAUUUUCCAAAAACCAGUGUGGACGCGCUUAGUAAAGACACUAUAGAUUCAACUAUAAGAAAAGAGAAAAAAGCCAGCCUCAUGGAACAGCUGUUUGGUACCUGCAGUAGCAAUGCCGUUUCCUCUAAAAGCGGUGACCCAAAUUCUCUGGCUGCCAGCAAAGGAGACUUUGAUCCUCUCGGUUUUCUCCCUAGUGAUAAGGGUAAAGGCAGUAGAGACAGAGAAUGUGACCAAGAUGAAGACUUUUUCCUUGGUGAAGGAAGAAAUUUUAAUCCAAAUAGACAGCGAUUAAAACAUGCAAACAACAAAACGGCAGUCAAAGUGGUGGAUUCUGUAGACGACGACAUUGAAGAAGUGGCACUGAGAUGACUGACUAGAGCUUACAUUUUUCCUCUGACUGUAAAUAUUAAAAUAUUUUAUAUAAUAUUUAUUAUAAAAAUUAAACUUUUUCAUGUUAAAAAGUCCUUAAUAAAGAAUGAUUUUUAGUAGCUCAAUUAAAAAGAAACAGCAGAUCUACACUUCUUAGCUAGUUUGCCAAGAAUGGAGGAGGCUUUUUUUUUUUUUCCGGAAUGAAACAAAAUACAGACUGUUUAGUCAGGUUUGCUGUUGCUGAGACACAGUACUGGACACCCACAACCUAGAGGUUUAAGUUGGCUCGGGAGUCACAGUUCAGGGGACGCAGUCCAUGGUCAGAUAGCUCCAAGGUAGUUUCCAAGGUAGAAGGGCGUGGUGGAGUAAAGCUACUUUAUUCACUCCAGCUAAGAAGCAAAGCGAUGGCUCCAGAGGGGCAGGGGCGAGAGACCACAUAAAGACCCCACAGUCACACUUCCAUGACCCACCCAGACAUCGAAAGAAUUGGACUCGCCAAUCCCCUGGGCAGUUGCCAAGCCAGUCAAACGUAAUUACUCCAGAGAUGUCUUAUCAC